AUGGCCAGCUUUAGAGAGUUUCAGCGCCAAAGUAUUCAACAGUUACGCCCAAAUGCAUUUGACCAAGAUGAUUAUAACGAGUUUGAUGUGGCUGUGAAGAUUUUCGAAUCGAUGGAGCUGCCCAAUGACACAGACUUUUACUGGGCAUGCAUUCGAGUAUUUAGAGAAGAUGCAUUCUGGCGUAGUCCAUCUUCUGGUGGUAAUAAUUCAUGGGUCAGACUUCAAGUAGUCAAUGGGGUCCUGGAUUUCAACAAUGGGCACACCACCAAAUGCUCAACAAUGGGGCACACCACCAAAUGCUCAACAAUGGGGCACAACACCAAAUGCUCAACAAUGGGGCACACCACCAAAUUUUCAACAAUGGAGCACACCAACAAAUACUUCACAAUGGGAAGCACAACAAAAUACCCAACAGUGGAGUUCACCGCCAAUGCUCCACGAUGGGGAACACCUCCAAAUGGUCAACAAUGA